AUGGUGAUUAAAACUUUACCUGUACCUUCAACAAAACCACCUGGAAAUAAUCCAUUAGCAUCAAAACGAAGACCACUCCAUAGUCUAUCUGCUUCAUGCCCACCAGAUAAUCGUUUAGAACAGCAUCAUUUACCUGAUGCUGCCGAUCUUCGUCGGAUGUGUAUCAUAACAAAAACAGACCUAAAUCGAAUCUAUGAUAACUUAGAUCGUCGUCAACGUGAUAAAGAUGCUGUCCGACAAGAAAUUGAACGAAAAAAAGAAAUGGCAGAUCGUUCAGCACAAAUCACAAAACAAUGGCCAAAUACAAUUAUUGGAGCUCGAGAACGUAAAAUUGAAAUGAAAAAAAUUCGUGAUCAAGAAGAUGAAGAUAAACGAAAAGUAGUCGAUCUUGAAGAAGAAAAAUUAGCUGCUGAACGCCGUCGUGAACACAUUGAAAAAGCUAAACAAUUGCAAUAUUAUCAAACUGAUCGUGUUCGAACCUUUCAUAGUGCACUGUUAUUUACUGAAGUUCUUAAAGAACGUGAUUUACAACUUGAAAUGAAAAAGCGUAUUGAAAAAAUGCGUGAAACAGAUGAAAAUGAAGAGCAUCAACGUUAUCAAGAAGCUCAAAAUGAAUUCUACAAAGCUGAACAAGAGAAAAUGGAGAGAAAACUGAAAGAUCAAGAAAAUUUAGCUAAAUAUCAUCGUGCACAAAUGGACCAACGUAAAUCACAAUUUGUUCAAGAAAAACAACAAGAUCUAAAAGAAGGCGAUGAAUAUCGACGUUUAGCUGAACAAUAUUCAUUGGAACAAUUCGAAUUAGAUCGUUUUAAAAAGUUAACACAAAAAGAUGUUAAAAGUAUGUACGAUAAAGCACUUGAAGAUAAACGAACAGUUAAACAAAUGGAAGAAGCAUUGGAUGAAGAAGAAGAUGAUGAACUUCGUGUUUAUGCUGAAGCCAAGAAAAAAAUGGCUCGUUUAAGACGUGAAAAAGAAGUUCAAGCUCAUCAAGAGAAGCAAGAAGCACGUGAUCACAUGAUCGGCUAUUUAGGUUCAUUGCAAAAACGAGCUGAAUCGGAUAAUGAUGCACAAAUAUUCCGUGCUCAAGCACAAAGAGAAGCGAAAGAAUUACGUGAAAAACAAGAGAAAUUUGAAAAGCAACAGAAAAUGCAAGAAUCAAUUAGGAAACAUCGAUUUGAAACAACGAAACGUCGUGAAGUUGAGCGUGAAAUGGAAGAACGUGAAGAUGUUGAAAUACGUAGGAAAAAAGCUGAAGCCGAUCGAUUAUUCCUUUUAUAUCAACAAGAAAAAGACAAACAACGUCAUGAAGAUGCUCUAGUUACUUCGCAAUAUCAUUUGAAACAAGCUCAAGAACGUAAAGAUCGUCAACGUGACAUGAAAGCAAGUGAACUAGAAGAAGUCCUUCUUGAUAAACAUAUGAAUGAAGUCGAAAAACAACAAUAUCAAGAUUAUACAGGACGUGUCAUUGCAUAUAUGGACGAAAAUGGCCGUAAUACCUAUCCGAUGAGACGAGCUGUUGCUGACGAAGUUCAACGUUUCGAUCAAUUAAAUCAAGGUAUUAACAAAGCAGAAAGUCAAACAAAUGAAAACGGUGAGAAAAAACCUGGUAGUCAAGAUAAAAAGUCAUUGGAAGAAACAAAGAAACAUUUGGGUUUUCAAUGGGAUAUACCCAAUAAAUAA